AUCAGUAUAGCCACUUUCUUACUCCUGUCGGACCAAAGAAGAAACAGCUGCCAACUUCAUUUCCUGCCGCGUCACUCAUGCCCUUUUGCGGCUCUCAUUGGCGGCAUCCACACAAAAGUGUCUCUGACGUCGAAGGUUGAUUGACGUUCCAACUUCAGAUACAGUAUUUAAGUCCCUAUCCCGUACUCCACGACAGGAGAUUUGUCCGAGGAGGCAGUGGCUUACGACUGUACAGGAGACGGGACUUUCAAGUUUUCUCUUGAACAGUUUGCAUUUCCGAGAAGGGACCAGGCAACGCUUGUUCAAGAGGAAAUCUCUCCAUAAACAACGUUCGUCGCGAGUAGAACUCAUCUGAGCACCAAAGGAAAUUCAGCAUCCUGAAGAUGGCUGCGAGACUCCCCGCACUUCUUGCCGCCCUGCUGUUGGCACAAAUCCUGUGUGCUCGAGCCUUCACCUACACGCACACGUGGGGCCGCAAGCGCGCAGACUCGUCAGAGCUGCUCACACCGCAAGCUGCCGCGGACAGCGUCUCUGCAGCGGAGGUUUACGACGCAAGUGAAGAGUCAGAGGUCACCAAAGAAGACUUCAAGAUGGCUGUUCGUACUUUGUUCCGGAUCCUGGGGGACUACCUCCAGAAAAGGACGAACCAGAACUGACCGACCAUCAAGCACCAGUCCUGGCGUAAAGAAGCAAAACGGAGGCUGGAACUAGACUCUGACGUAGUCAAUGUCAUAGAGGCUUCAUUUUUCGAUAAACAAAUAUGCGUAUUGAAAGGAUAGCUACAACAAAUACAACAUGUUUACUGUACAUUUCCAGGUUGUUCUCCCAAAUUUUUAACACAUUAUGCCAUCCUUUUUCCGAAAUUAAAAAGAGGUCGUUGAAAGAAUUUGGAUAAGGUGAACAUAUGGCAUUUGUGCUUUUCAGUUGAUUAGAAUUUGGAAAUCAAUUCUAUUGACCCAGUUCUGUAUUACGCAACUGUAUCGUAACAUGUCUACAUCUAAAUUUAGAUUAUUUCUAAGUGAUGUGAUACUAAACAAACUACAGUUAAAUGGUGGGUCUAUGUGCCAGGAAAGGAGAAUAUGGGGUAUUAGAGCCAGGUGCACUUAUGAGCGAAGCACCCCUGCAGAUAUGGAGACUUGAUGUUACAUUAGGUGAAUAAAACACGGUUGAUUGUUU